AUGACUGUGUAUCCAGCCGGCCAUCCCGUGCUGCACUCCUCAGAGUGGACCGUAUGUCGUGAGUUUUUGUACCGAGAUUCUCCCCGCUCGGCGCCGGCCGGGCAGCGCGGGGUCCGGGCCGCGGGCGACGGGGCCCGGGAGCGGCGCUCGGGAGGCGGCCGCCGGGCUCGCGGAGGGGGCGGGCGGCCGCUGCGGUCACCUCCGCCGGCGCUCCCGGCCGCCGGCCCGGGCGGGCCUCGAAGCCGGGCCGCGGUCACCCGGGCGCAGCGGCCUCGGGAGUCCCCACGGCCGGCCCCGGGCCGGAGCCGCGCCGCGCGCCCCUCCCGCCAGCGCCGGCGCGUCCCCAGCGCGGCCUCGGAGCAGCGACAGCCUCGCGGAACCUUCCGCGCGCGGGAUCCGCGGCGCCCGGAGCCGAGCGGGGAGCACCGGUCCGUCCCGGAAACCUUCCGGCCGGCCGGCCUGGCGCGCCUGGCCCCGCCCCCUACGCCGAGAGCGCCUGGCGCGGGCUCUCCCCCGCGGAGGACUCGGGGUCCAGCUCCCCGGGCACUCGGGCUGGAGCGGCCGGGCACGGGUUUCAAAGUGGCGGGGCGGGCCGCGCGGACACCCGCCGCCCCGCGCCCCGAGCGGAUCGGACGGGCACCGAGGGCCCCGGGCGCGGACAUGGACCUGCUGAGAGACGAGAAUCUAAGAUUAAAUGAAGUUUUUAGAUGGUACCCAAUGGAAAAUUCUACCAAAUAUUCCUCAGUACAGAGAGCUGCCUUUGGGGGGCAUGGAGGUGACCCACUAGAAGACACAGCAGCUGGCCAAAGCACUUUAUCUCCUCUUCUGGCUGAGUACGAGAAGCACAUGGAAGAGCUAAGUGGGCAGCUGAAAUUGUCUCAGAGACAGAUGGGUGAAAUGAAACUACAACUUGAAAAUGUCAUCAAAGAGAAUGAAAGGCUGCACUGUGAGCUAAAAGAUGCUGUUGAAAAGCAGUUGGAGGCACUGCCCUUCGACACAGAGAUAGAAAGUGAUAUGUGCGCAGAUGGUGAAACAGUCAGGAACCUUCAAGAACAGUUACAGCUGUCCCAGCAGGAAAAAGCUCAGGCCGUGGAGCUGUGGCAGGCUGCCUCCCAGCAGCUGGAAAGGCUGCAGAAGCUUUACCAAGAGCAUGUGACCGAGGCCCACAUCCAUGUGGCUGAAAGUCAGAAGCAAAAGGAUCAGCUGACCAGCUUCCAGCAUCUCACCAGGCACCUUCACGUUGCUCACGAGAACGUGGAAAUGACUAACCAGCACUUUCUGAAAGCCAUCACCGAACAAAACGUGGAACUCGAGCAGCUCCGAAAGCAACUUAGGCAAGCCAAGUUAGACCUGAGAGUUGCAGCAGCCAAAGUGGAAGAAUUAACCAGACUGACUGGGGAGCUCCAGGGACAGAUGCAGAGGAAGGAGGAGGUCGUGGCGUCUGCCCAGGGGAGAGAGGAGGCCUCAGACCGGCGUGCCCAGCAGCUGCAGACCAGCAUCAAGCAGCUGGAGUCCAGACUGUGCGUGGCAACCCAAGAGGCCAGCCAGCUGAGGACAGAAAAAGCACGUUUGGAAAAACAGACCAAAGAGUUACAAGCAAAGUGCACGGAAUUAGAAAAUGAGAAAUACGAAGCUGUUGUGAGAGCCAGAAAUAGCCUGCAGCUCUUAGAAGACGCCAACCUCCUGAAGAGCCAGGCUCUUUUUGAAGAGAAGCAGAAAGAAGAAGACAUAGAGAACAUGAGAAAAUCGGUUUCUCGGCUCCUGCAAGAUGCUGCCUUAAGAACCAGGAAGGAAGUUACAAACACAAGAAAACAGUACGUUGUACAGAUCUCUCGGCUAACAGAAGAACUCUCAGCCCUUCAGCUGGAGUGUGCCGAAAAGCAGAGCCAAAUUGAACGAAUCGUGAGGGAGAAGAAAGCAGUGGAAGAAGAACUAGACAAGGUGCACCGGGAGGGCCGAGGAGGCGAGGGCGAGCACAGGACGCUGGAGGAGGCGCAGCGGCGGUGCCUGGCCGCGGAGCGCGCGCGGGACGAGCUGCAGCUGGGCCUCAGGACGGCGGAGAGCAGGCUGCGGCAGCGCGAGCUCAGGUCCUCGGAAGAGCUGUCGCGCUGCCAAGAAAUGAUUCAGAAGCUUCAGGAUGCACUGGAGGCCGAGAGAGAGAGCUGUGGAUCGGUCAGUGAGCAAAGACUGAAACUUCAGCAGGAAAAUGAGCAGUUGCAGCGAGAGACUGAGGAGUUAAGGAAGGUUGCUCUCGAGGCUCAAAAAAAAGCGAAAUUAAAGAUCAGCACGAUGGAACACGAGUUCUCCAUCAAGGAACGUGGGUUUGAAGUUCAGCUGCGAGAGAUGGAGGACAGCAGCCGGAAUUCCACGGUGGAGCUGAGGCACCUCCUGGCCACGCAGCAGAAGACCGCCAGCCGGUGGCGAGAAGAAGCGAGGAAGGUCGCAGAGAGUGCGGAAGUCAGGAUCAGCAGCCUGAAGAGUGAGCUGAGUCGACAGAAACUCCGCACCCAGGAGCUGCUUUCUCAGCUGGAAAUGGCGAGCGAGAAGGCGGCCGAGAGCGAGAAGCUGAUUCUAGAGCAUCAGGAGAAAGCCAGCAGGCUGCAGCGGCGGCUAAGCCAGGCAGAGCAGAGAGCCGCCUCGGCCGUCCAGCAGCUCAGCGCGGCCGCGGUGCAGCGGAGGAGAGCCGCGUCCAGGGUGGAUCUGGAGGGCACCUGA